UCCUGGAUCCUGUGUCCUGAAAGGUGUGGUGCUACGGUGAUGAAGCCGGAUACAUCUUGUUUAAAUAGAAAAGUUAAGUUCAUCUGCCGACAUUUCAGCGUUGUUUGUGAACAUGUGUCACAGUAGACAUGAUCGUUUUGUUUAAUUUCGCAUAUUUGAAGAUGCAGCUAUUAAACUGUGUUUUGUUGUUAAUGCAGCUGAUGAUCGCUGAUGGGUUGAUUGUUCGCAGUCCCGCUGGCCCUCUGGUUGCUCCUCUGGGAUCUUCUGUGAUUUUGCCCUGUUAUGUUGAUGAACUCUUACUAAUGGAAGGUCUGGAGGUGGAAUGGAGAAGAACAGACUCACAGACUCUGGUUCAUCUGUAUCAAGAUGGUGAGAGUCGACCAGAGGCCCAGCAGCAGGAGUAUCAUGAUAGAGCUCAUUUCUUUACUGAUCAGAUCCAACAUGGAAACUUCUCUCUCCGUCUGGACAAUCUGACAGCUGAAGAUGAGGGACGAUACACAUGUAGAGUUUACAGUCAGCAGGAUUCUGGUGAGACUGAGGUUCAAAUAAAAGAUGCUGAGCAUUUGCUAGUAUCAGGAUCAGAUAAGUCUGUAUCUGCAUAUGAUGGUGAGGACGUCACUCUGAGCUGCUCUGUAGACUCUCACAUCACACCUGGACACAUUGAAGAGGUUUCAUGGAAGAAAACAGAUGGAAAUAUUCUGGUUCUGCUCUACCAAAACAAUGAGACUUUUCCAGAUUCAUCAGAUGAACAAUACAGAGACAGAGUUGAGUUCUUCACUGCUGAGAUCCCCAAAGGAAACUUCUCUCUCAGACUGAAGAGUGUCAGAACUGAGGAUAAAGGAGUUUACAUGUGUUUAGUGUUUGCUGGAGGACUUUCAGCCAAUGCAACUGUAGUACUGGAAGUGGGUUUCUCUACUUUACAAAUAAUAAUGUUAAUUUUCUGUAUUACUGCGUCUGGAUCUGCACUUCUACUCUUCUGUUUGAUCUACUGCACAUCACAUAAUAAUGAUGUAAAGGUAGGACUUCAUCUGUUUCUAGUUUUCUGUCCAAAUAUUCUGAUGUUUCUUGCUUUUGUCCUCUGGGGCGUUUCUGAAGGAUCUUUGUUUGAGUCAGUGUCUUGUUGUGCUCUUUAUUUUCUGAGGCCUCUCAUGGUGCUCUGGGCGGCUCCAUAUGUACACAAGUUCACAGGCAACAAUAAAACGUGGAUUUUGAAAUAUAGUUUUAGAGCAGAAUACAUAGUUUUCUCAGCUGUCUUUUAUUCAGUUCUGUUUAAAUAUACCUGGGACAAAAGUAUAAGUUAUACUGGAUUUGAGAGUAUCGUGAUACCAGUCCUCUUUGUUAUAGUGCUUCUGCUAAACCUCCUCUAUAUCAUAUACUUGUUGGCUAGAUUCAUUAACAAAUUAAGUGAAUGGAUAAUUACUAUAUUCGGUGUUCUGGUUGGUAUAAGCUUUAAUAUUCUACCUGCAUUUCAAUUCAUCCUCCUGUUCUUCACCUUUGGAUCUGGCAGAGGAGGAAUCCUUAUUGUUACAAUUUUACCAGUUUUACUAACAGCGACAAGAUAUGACUGGGGUCGUACAUGUGGGGAAAAGAUGAACUGUUCACCUUUGUUCAUGAGAACAGCAUGGUUAAUUCUCAUGUUAGUGGUCAAUGCUGGAAUGGUCUUUUUUUACAUUAUAGCUCUGGAAAAUGAAAAAGAUCGUAUUGCAUGGGUCUGUAUGAUUGCAUUUCUGCAAGUACUCUGGGCAGUGAUCAACUUCACACGCUCAUUUGAUUUUGCUCUUCACCGUGUUGUUCCUGUCUAUGUGUUUGGAUCAGUGGUUGUUGUUGUACUGAACUCUGUUACACUGAUGAUUGAACUGAUACUGAAUACAGUUAAUGGUGAUCGUUCAGUUGGAGAUCUGAGAAUCGUCGUCUUUUCCUCUGAAGGCCUCUUUGCUUUAUCUCUGCUGAGUUUACAAGUAUUUGAACCAUGGAUGAGAACAUGUCUGCAGUCACGUCAGAAAGCAGCAGGAUCUGAUGACGCUCCAGCCAAUGAAUCAAACCAGAAACAGAACACAGCAGAAUCACAUGAAAUGAAUUCUUUACUGAAUCAAGAUCAGGAUGCUGGUAGGACAGAGGAAACCCAGCCUGAUUCAGUGGAAACACAAAUAUCACCAACAAGCAGAGAAAAAGACUCUUUAUCACACUGA